AUGAUAGAUAGCUCUCCUACAUGGAUGACUCCUAUUAUCAAUUAUUUACUCAACGGACAACUUCCAAAUGACAAAAAUGAGGCGCAAAAACUAUUGUAUUCAGUGCCUCGCUACACAAUAAUUGAAGGCAAGCUAUAUAAAGAGGGUACUCGAUGCCUCUACUUCGGUGUGUUCUCCCUACAGAAGCGAAUGAAAUCAUCAAAGAAAUUCAUGAAGGCUUUUGUGGGGACCAUGCAGGAUACUAUCAAGAAGAAGUUAGAUGCUGCCAAAGGCAAGUGGGUUGACGAGCUACCUCAAGUACUCUGGGCUCACAGAACUACUGAGAAGACGAUAACGGGACACACUCCUUUCUCACUAGCAUUUGGCUCGGAAGAAAUGCUGCCUGUUAAAGUGAACAUAUCGACUCACAGAAGAGAAUUUUAUAAUCAAGAAGAAAACCAGGAACUUCUAAAAUUGUCCUUGGAUCUACUUGAUGAAAAACGAGCUGAGUCGCAAAUCACCAACGCAGCAUAUCAACACCGAGUUACAAGAUAA